AUGAUUGUAAGAGCAACGACGACAACAAAUGCUCGUGGUCGAAAGCAACGACUUGUCUUACCUCCAAAAAAUAAAUCGAAUGAACUUGAUGUUGAUUAUCUUCGAGCUCUCAAGGUAAUUGAUCAAACUUGUCGACAGCAAGACACAAUUUCUACUAUUGCAGAAAAAACUCCUGGUAGAUCUGAUGCUGUCAAACAAAAAAAGUCCAAAUCAUUCAAUCAAUUGUCAUCAACAUUAACACCUAUUGGACAAGAAGCAAUGAUAAAAACCUAUGAGGAUACACUUGUUUCUCAUCUAACUAACGUUUAUUCAUCAAAACGUAUCGGUACUAUAUUACCGCGUCUUCAUACUGCUACAUUUCGGCAUCGAUUACCAAUCAUAAAAAAUUCUAAUCAAAAUCAUGUGGAUAAUAUUCAUCGAGCUCAAAAUUUAAUUGAUAAUAUUUUUAAUAGUGAUUCUCAAAAAGAGGAAAUACUCUGUGAUUAUGUUCGAUGGCAACAGCAAUGGACAAAAAAUUUUGUAUGA